AUGGGAAUUGCUUGCGUAUAGAUUACGGGAGCGGGGCACGUCCUCCGGCGGCGGGAAGCCCCCGGCCGCGCCGGCUCCCAAGCAAUCUCGACGUCUCGGUGGAGCCGGGAUUAACGGGGGCACGAGGCCGCACACACGCGGGCGAUGGUGCGUGUGCGCCCGCCCGCCGCCUCGCCUUCCUUCCCGUCCUUUGACCCUUGAUUGGGUUUUUUGGGCUAAUCCUCUUGGGUCUCCCGCGCGCCGACUUUUUGCACCUCCAACCCCCCCUGUGCCGGUGCGGGUGGCGUUGGGUCCCUGUGGCGCUGGGCUCCCCCCAUCACGGUCCGGCGCUGAGGGUGCCGCCCUCCCUCAGGCCCACGCAAUGGGGGUCUUUCAGCCCAGUCCAUCCUCCCCAUCACCCCAACGAGGCAGCACCCCACUGUGUCCCUGCGCCACCGCCCCCCUCAAGCACCCUUGGGUGCAGCGAGAGGCGCGGGAAGGUCUUUCCACCCCGUUGGCUGUGUCUUCCCCUCCUAAUGCCUUAAUCCGCCCCUGAUCCGCUGCGCCCGUGGGGCAGCCGGUCCCGCUGACCUUGCAGGCGCCGGCCCCGGGCAGGGACCCGGUGGCACUGGGCACCGUGGGGCACGGGCUGCCACAGCCGCCCACCCAUGGCCACCUUCUUCACAGCCACCCUGAAGAGCUUUCAGGGGAGCAAGGAGGAGCCACCCAAGGGGCCCCCCAAGGAUGGCAAGGCGGCCACGCUGCCCAACGGCAUGGCCCGCGAGGAGUUUGAGGAGUACCAGAGGCAGCUGCUGGAGGAGAAGAUCGAACGGGACAAAGCCUUUGCGCAGAAGAAGGCAGAACGGGCCGCCAUGCGGAUGCACCUGCGGGACAAGUACCACCUGGCCCAGGACGAGCGGGACGACGCUCAGCUGCACGUGGCCGGCGGCGCGGUGGAGCUGCCGGAGGAGCUGGCCGCCAUGGUGCGCAGCGAGGGGGAGGAGGAGGAGGAAGAGGAGGAAGAGGAGGAGGAUGGCGCCGGGGCCUUUGCCUUCCUGACAAAGCUGCGGGAGGCGGACCUGCCAGCGCUGCGGGACCGCGCGCUGGGCACCAUGGACGAGGUGAAGGAGAAGUGCGCCCUGAUGUAGCGUCGCUGCCUGCCCUGCCGGCCGGUGACACCGGCAGCGCUGGGGCUCAGCCCCUGCCCCCCAGGAGUGAUGGGAUGCAGGUGUUACAGGUGCCGUUACCUGGGGGUGGGGGGUCCCGAUACGCGUGCUGGGGGUGGCUUUCCCUCCCCAAAACCGUUCCCGGUUGCUUUCCCGGGGUGCGCCGGGUGGGUGCUGGGGUGCAGGACACCUGGCUCCCCUCCAGCCGUGCUGGCCAAGCCCCUCCCCACCGUGCCCCUGGGGUGAGCCCCUGGACACAGCGGGUGA